AGGAGCAGCCCGAGGCCCCAGAGUCUAAGACGAGCCGCCGCCGCCCCCGCCGCCGCCGCCGCCACUGCGGGGAGGAGGGGGAGGAGGAGCGGGAGGAGGGACGAGCUAGUUGGGAGAAGAGGAAAAAAAGUUUUGAGACUUUUCCGCUGCCGCUGGGAGCCGGAGGCGCGGGGACCGCUUGGCGCGGCGCAACCCGGCGAGGAGGCAGGACUUGGGGACCCCAGACUGCCCCCUUACCGCCUCGGACGCUUGCUCCCUCCCUGUCUACACGUCGUCCCCCAGGCGCCCCCACUGCGGACCAGCCCUCAGGAACCACAAACCCGACUCCCGCGAAGACCCGACCCUAAGACCUCGGGCGCACCCCCCUGCACGCCCCAUAUCCCGGCCUCUCUCCUGAGCCUCUACGCGUCCAAGGACCCUUCUCCUCCGGGAUCCGGGAGACCGGAUCUCUCUUAGACCUGCCUCAGCUCCCCUAUUCAGGACCACCCACCUCUGGUACUAGAUCGCGCCCAUCUCGGGUUUUCCCGUGGGAUACCGAGAAGCCACCCACCAGAGUCUCCUCUCCAUUCUCCUCGAGGGCCUCAACCUUCCCACCCCACCCCCUAGGCCCUCCUACCUUUCCUAGGGAGACCCCCAGCCAGCUCCUGUAGGGGCGGGGCCUCCCUGUUCCCAGCCCAGCCCGGCUCGCGCUCUCGGCAGUGCCGGGGGGCGCUGCCUCCCCCAUGCCGCCCUCCGGGCUGCGGCUCUUGCCGCUGCUGCUGCCGCUGCUGUGGCUACUAGUGCUGACGCCUGGCCGGCCGGCCGCCGGACUAUCCACCUGCAAGACCAUCGACAUGGAGCUGGUGAAGAGGAAGCGCAUCGAGGCCAUCCGCGGCCAGAUCCUAUCCAAGCUGCGACUCGCCAGUCCCCCGAGUCAGGGGGAGGUGCCGCCCGGCCCGCUGCCCGAGUCCGUGCUGGCCCUUUACAACAGUACCCGUGACCGGGUGGCCGGGGAGAGCGCAGAGCCGGAGCCCGAACCGGAGGCGGACUACUACGCCAAGGAGGUCACCCGCGUGCUAACCGUGGAAAACACCCACAAAAUCUACGAGACAUACAAGCAUAAUUCACACAGCAUAUACAUGUUCUUCAACACGUCCGAGCUCCGGGAAGCGGUGUCGGAACCCGAGUUGCUCUCCCGAGCAGAGCUGCGUAUGCAGAGGCACAAAUUGAAAGUGGAGCAGCAUGUGGAGCUGUACCAGAAAUACAGCAACGGUUCCUGGCGCUACCUCAGCAACCAGCUCCUGGCCCCCAGCGACACGCCUGAGUGGCUGUCCUUUGAGGUCACUGGAGUAGUGCGGCAGUGGCUGAGUCACAAAGGGGAAAUUGAGGGCUUUCGCCUCAGUGCCCACUGCUCCUGUGACAACAAAGAUGACAUACUUCAUGUGGAAAUCAAUGGAAUCAGUACGGACCGCCGGGGAGACCUGGCCACCAUUCAUGGCAUAAACCGGCCCUUCCUGCUCCUCAUGGCCACCCCUCUGGAGAGAGCCCAGCACCUGCACAGUUCCCGGCACCGCCGAGCCCUGGACACCAACUACUGCUUCAGCUCCACGGAGAAGAACUGCUGUGUGCGGCAGCUUUACAUUGACUUCCGCAAGGACCUGGGCUGGAAGUGGAUCCACGAGCCCAAGGGCUACCAUGCCAACUUCUGCCUCGGGCCCUGUCCCUACAUUUGGAGCCUGGACACGCAGUACAGCAAGGUCCUGGCCCUGUACAACCAGCACAACCCCGGCGCGCAAACACUGACCAUUUCUGUGUUCCAUGUGAUCCUGGUGAACACCAGAUUUAUUUACUGA